GCAACCGUGUCGCACCCUCAAAAAAUGGCCGAUGACAACCACACAAGUCACCGUGUCGCCAUUGAAUAGCAUGGAAUUAAACCUAACCUUCUUCGGUAUAUCGGUGUAUGGUGUAUGUUUUGUGUGCACAACGCUCCAAAACGCCCAAAAUGGCUGACGUUCUAAAUACGUGAAUACGAAAAAAUGGAAUCUAAGAAAAUCUGAUAUACUGAGAAUCAUCGAUAAAAAAGGUUCCGAAGAUGUAUCUGUACAACUUGACUUUGCAACAUGCAACGGCAAUCACACAUGCUGUACAUGGCAGUUUCUCGGGAACCAAGAUCCAGGAAAUUGCCAUCUCCAGAGGCAAAACACUGGAACUUCUUCGACCUGAUCCCAACACAGGAAAAGUGCAUACACUACUAGCUAUUGAGAUAUUUGGUAUUGUUAGGUCACUGAUGGCAUUCAGACUGACAGGAGGUACCAAGGAUUAUGUUGUUGUCGGCUCAGAUUCUGGUAGAAUUGUCAUCUUGGAAUACAUUCCACAGAAGAACAUUUUUGAAAAAAUUCAUCAAGAAACCUUUGGCAAGUCUGGAUGUAGAAGAAUAGUACCUGGACUUUACCUAGCAACUGAUCCCAGGGGUAGAGCAGUCAUGAUUGGUGCCAUUGAGAAGCAAAAACUGGCUUAUAUUCUGAAUAGAGACAAUCAGGCAAGAUUGACGAUUUCAUCGCCAUUGGAGGCCCACAAAAGCAACACGUUGGUCUACCACAUGGUAGGCGUGGACGUCAGUUACGACAACCCGAUUUUUGCCUGUUUGGAAAUCGACUAUGAGGAAGCCGAUGCCGAUCCGACGGGGGAAGCUGCUCAGAAAACUCAGCAAACCCUGACUUUCUACCAAUUGGACCUCAGCGUGAACCAUGUAGUGCGGAAGUACUCAGAACCGCUCGAAGAACACGCGAACUUUCUCGUGACAGUGCCAGGUGGUGAUGAUGGACCAUCUGGGGUGCUGGUUUGCUCUGAGAAUUAUCUCACUUACAAGAAUUUGGGCGACCAACACGAUAUCCGUUGUCCAAUCCCCAGGAGAAGAAAUGAUCUGGACGAUCCUGAACGCGGCAUGAUUUUCGUAUGCUCCGCCACGCACAAAACCAAAUCAAUGUUCUUUUUCCUAGCUCAGACUGAGCAAGGAGACAUUUUCAAGAUUACGCUUGAAACUGACGAGGAUAUGGUCACAGAAAUCAAGUUGAAAUAUUUUGAUACGGUGCCCGUCGCGGCCGCAAUGUGUGUACUUAAGACUGGGUUUUUAUUCGUCGCCUCAGAAUUUGGCAACCACUACCUCUACCAAAUAGCCCAUCUCGGAGACGAUGACGACGAGCUCGAAUUCAGCUCGGCGAUGCCCCUAGAAGAAGGCGACACGUUCUUCUUCGCCCCUCGACCUCUACGCAACCUGGUGCUCGUCGACGAAAUGGAGUCCCUCUCUCCCAUUCUUUCGUGCCGAGUGGCCGAUCUGGCUGCAGAAGACACGCCCCAACUGUACAUGAUGUGCGGAAGGGGGUCGCGAUCUUCUCUGAGAGUGUUGAGACAUGGUUUGGAAGUGAGCGAGAUGGCCGUUUCGGAACUUCCCGGUAACCCGAACGCCGUGUGGACGGUGAAGAAGAGAAGCGAUGAUUCGAGACAUUGGACUAUGGAGACUGUUAGUUGAACGAAUUCGAUGCGUACAUCAUCGUAUCUUUCUUGAACGCCACCCUGGUACUGUCUAUCGGCGAGACCGUCGAGGAAGUGACUGACAGCGGGUUCCUGGGUACCACACCUACUUUAUCAUGCUCGGCUCUCAGUGACGAUGCACUGGUUCAAGUAUAUCCGGAUGGUAUCAGACAUAUCUGCGCUGAUAAAAGAGUGAACGAGUGGAAAGCAGGCAAAAAGAGCAUUGUAAAAUGUGCCGUGAAUCAACGACAAGUGGUGAUUGCUCUUUCUGGAGGGGAUUUGGUGUAUUUCGAGAUGGAUCCCACCGGCCAACUGGACGAAUACAAAAAACGGAUGCGCAUGAACUCUGACGUCCUCUGUAUGGCUUUAGCGAACGUCCCACCUGGUGAACAACGCUCUUGGUUCUUGGCAGUCGGUCUGGCUGACAGUACCGUGCACAUCAUCUCUUUAGAUCCCAGCGAUUGCUUAGCAGCCAGAGCGAUGCAACCGUUGCCCGUUUGCGCAGAAUCGCUGUGUAUUGUGGAAAUGGGAUGCACGGACCGGGAUCCUGACAAUGCGGCUGCUGCAAGUACAACGAGCACGUUGUAUUUGAAUAUCGGAUUACAGAACGGCGCGUUGCUGAGAGCGGUGCUGGAUCCGGUGACGGGAGAUUUGUCGGACACCAGAACUAGAUAUUUGGGGUCCCGACCUGUGAAACUCUUCAGAAUCAGGAUGCAGCAGUCCGAAGCUGUGCUAGCUAUGAGUAGCCGAUCUUGGCUGAGCUAUUACUACCAAAACCGAUUUUACCUGACGCCACUCUCGUACGAAAGCUUGGAAUAUGCGUCAGGUUUCAGUUCAGAACAGUGUCCUGAAGGCAUCGUAGCUAUUUCCACCAACACUUUGAGGAUUUUGGCUCUUGAAAAGCUUGGUGCCGUAUUCAACCAGGUAUCCUUUCCGCUGGAAUAUACACCGAGAAAAUUCAUCAUCCACCCCGAAUCCAGCAAUCUGAUAGUGCUAGAGACAGAACACAACGCGUACACUGAGGAAACAAAGAAACAACGUCGAUUGCAAAUGGCCGAAGAAAUGAAGGAGGCCGCUGCCGAGGAUGAGCAAGAAUUGGCCAAAGAAAUGGCCGAGGCUUUCCUGAAUGAGGAUCUUCCUGAAAGCAUAUUUUCCGCUCCUAAAGCUGGCCAUAAUAUGUGGGCGUCUAUAGUUCGGCUCAUGGACCCUGUUCAAGGCACGACGUACAACCAAAUUCGCCUAGAACAAAACGAGGCAGCAAUGUCUCUUGCCCUACUGAAAUUCCACGGUCAACCCGAACACCAGUGGUUCCUCGUAGUCGGCGUGGCGAAAGAUUUUCAGCUGAAUCCACGGUUGUGCACCGUAGGGUUCCUGGAUACGUACAGAGUGGACCCGUUGGGCAAAAACCUUGAAUUGGUGCACAGGACGGUCGUAGAUGAAGUGCCAAAUGCGCUAUGUGCGUAUAACGGCAGAUUGUUGGCUGGUGUCGGGAAGAUGUUGAGGUUGUAUGAUCUUGGGAAGAAGAAGUUGUUGAGGAAGUGCGAGAAUAAGCACAUUCCAAAUCUGAUUGUGAAUAUCCAGGCAAUGGGAAAGCGGAUAUUUGUAUCUGACGUACAAGAAUCUGUAUUCAUGGUUAGGUACAAAAGGAUUGAAAACCAGCUGAUAAUAUUUGCUGACGACACACACCCCAGAUGGAUAACAACGACCUCCGUUCUGGACUAUGAUACGAUAGCAACUGCUGACAAGUUUGGUAACAUAGCAAUAUUGCGAUUACCUCCAAAUGUUAGUGAUGAUGUAGAGGAAGAUCCCACGGGUCACAAGGCUUUAUGGGACCGUGGACUUCUUAAUGGUGCAUCUCAAAAGGCAGACACAAUCUCAACAUUCCACGUGGGCGAGAUGGUGACAUGGCUACAGAAAGCCACCCUGAUUCCAGGUGGUUCAGAAUCGCUCCUGUACACUACGUUGUCCGGUACCGUGGGUGUUUUGGUACCGUUCACGUCGCACGAAGAUCAUGAUUUCUUCCAACAUUUGGAGAUGCACAUGCGCAGUGAAAACCCGCCGCUUUGCGGAAGAGACCAUCUGUCGUUUAGGAGUUAUUAUUUUCCUGUCAAGCGGAUCUCCUUCAGCAUAUCAUCAGAUCACAAAGAGAAUGUUAUUGAUGGAGACAUGUGUGAGCAGUACAAUUCUUUGGAGCCAGCCAAGCAGAAAAGUAUCGCAUCUGAUUUGGAUAGAACGCCAGCAGAGGUUUCUAAGAAACUCGAGGAUAUCAGGACGCGAUAUGCGUUUUAAGUUAUUGUUUAGUGAAAUAAGUUCUCUUUUUUGUAUUUGUGAUUUUUGAUUAAAACUUAUACUAACUAUA